UUCCAGAAUCCCCUGCUUGACCCACACCCUGCCGCCACCGCUUGACCACUAGGCGCCCUCCCUUGAGCUUUUCUUGUCCCCACCCCGUCCUUGCUUCCUCUGUCCCUUCGCGGGACUUCUGCCGUCUCCUUUCUCCCCUCUCCGAGAUUUCCCUUGUCCUGUCCCCGCCCCGCCCCCGUUUUUAAACCUGGCGCGAAGGGCGCGAGUAGGUGAGUGCGCUCCUCCAGGCGGAUCGACGCGGUCCUGUCGCGGGCGCCGCUGGAGGGCGCGAGCUCCGCCUGCACCAUGAGAACCGAGCCGGCUGCCGGAGCCUGGGAGGGGCCGGGGCGCGUCUGUCACUGUCCUGGGAACGUUUCCCGGAGGCCGUCGUCGCCACACGGGCCCGAGAGUUCUAGCCCAACACCAUGGAGACCCUGGACGCUGACUCCAGCAGAUGCAGAACUGACCAGAACUGGAAGCCUGUGUGAGCCUGGGGAGAAACAACAGACUUGGAGAUCGAAGGGGGCCUUUGGGUUUCAGCAUCCUGUCAGACUUUAUUUACCCAUUUCAAAGCGUCAAGAAUACCUGCAGAGUUCUGGAGAGAAGGUGCUGGCCAGUUUCCCCGUGCAAGCCACCCUUCAUUUCUACAACGAUGAGUCUGAGCUGGAUUCAGAUGAGGAAGAGCAAGGGGAGGAAACGCAGACCUACCAUCUUCCGUGCCAGGAGUCAGAAGGUCACCAGGAAAAUGGCCCAGGGGGACAGGGCAGAGGCGGGCUGGUGAACCCAUCUAGAGAAGGGGAUGGCCUAAGGGGCGGCCUCCAUGGUAAGGGUCAGCUCCCUCGUGGUGACCCUCCUGGGGGCAGUGAGUGCGUCUCAUCCAAAUGAAUUAGGUCUCUCCCAUGUCUGCCCCACUGGUCCCUGGGGCUGCUGCAAGACCCCUGCUUGUGUCCUAGAGACAGCCCCGGCAGGACAUGACAUCUUCCACUGGAUAUUCAGAGGCUGGGGACUGCGUGCGCUGCCUCUGCUUAGCAGGCUGAGAAGGCAGCUUUCACUCUUUCUUCUCCUGGUGAUUCUUUUUUGGUGCACCCACGCAGACCUUUUCAGAAAAGGUGCCAGGACAAAGAGUCUGUGUCCACAGGUUGUUAUCAGGAAAGGCCAGCUUUCAAAGCUCACUCAGCGUCAUCAUGCUCCUCAUCAGAUUACAAGUGAUUCCUGUUAACAGGCUGUCACCCAUGCUUGCCUCUCACUUAAACGGAGUCAUAAUGCAGCUAUUUUUGCUUUUGCAAAAAUAAUUUAAAUAUUAAAUCCCAAUUUCAACUCAUUGUCCAACGUUGAUUUGGUUGCUCAGUAGCAUUCUGAAAACAGUUUUUCCUCAUGACAAAAAAAUCAGAACCCUAAAUAAUUUACACAUGAGUAGCAAUAAAGAAGAUAUGAAUUUCUCUGGAACAAGAUAAAAAAUGUAUGUGAUACUUAUAUAAGGGUUGUGUGUAUGAAUAUAUAGGUUGUAGAGGGUUAACAUUUUUACUUGGUAACUACUUUAAGCUUGUUACUUGAAUGAAAUAACAUUUUCCAAUUAAAGUAUCUGGUAUAAAAUCA